ACUUUCUCCCGGUUGAGCAACGGACUGUGCUUUGGAAGCGCUUCGAAUCUGCCAUUGGAAUUCAACACACGUAUGUGAUGUACAUGGGAAAGUGUCAUGUUGUGUUCACAUAUGAGGGGGGAGGGGGGCAAUAUAGGUCGGCCGUGGAUUACUGAUUCUUCUUCAGUACUGCAAGAACCGAACAAGCAAGAAAGUGUUUGUAUCACAUUCUACAUGCAAGUUCUGAUAAGGCUAUAGCUCACGGACUCUUUUUACGAACCUCGUUGACCACGUGUGUGCCCUGUCUCCAACUGGGAUUACGUUGUACACAGUAUGUCAGACGUCACACAGAAGCGUUUCAACUUUCGCCUUGAUUACCCUGGCAGAGCGACGUCUUGAAUCUAAAAAGAAAGAAAAAUAAAUAAGUGUUACAAAUGUUGACAACACUUCUGCAGCUUAUUGUAUGGUAAAUAUAAGGCGCAAUACGCGUAUGUUGCACUCGAAUUGUAUACGGCAAGUUGUGUUUAUUUUUGUCUACGGCAUAACCUACCAAUCAUGACAACACGAACUCCAGGUAGACCAGAAUAAGUGCAGCAGAACCCUCAUGAAGAUUAUACACAACGAAAGUGUCCGGCACCUGUACGUUCUGUUAAACAUUUUAUCUGUGAGUAAGCAUAUGGCGCAUGGCGUUUUAUUGCGUUCCCAGGAGACGCAUGGUGCGCUAGUAUAUGUCUAAAAGAUGUCAAUGUAGACUUUGGGAUGUCUAUUAGACGUCUAACAAAGUAGCUCUAUUGCUCCGUAUGCGUUCCCUAGCCAUUCCCCAGCCCGGCUAGCAUUAGGCUAAAAUACAGCUACACUGCAUUUCGCUAAAAUACAGCUAAUAGCCGGAUAAUUGUACCAUUGACUUAGACCUUUUUUUAGACUGAAUGUCUAAAAUGGGACAAUACAUAUAUUUAUUUAUUUAUUUCCAUACCCUCAGGGCCAUGAGGCACUGAAGAGGGGAGGGGCAGUACAACAUUGGGAAACAAAUCGAAACAAAAAAAAAGGACAACAUGGAACAAGUCUCAGUCUCUGUAGAGAUAAUGACACAUAAAAUAGCACAAAAAGGUUAGUCAUCAAAGUAUAUCAGAUAAGGUGUCCCUGAAGGUGGGCGAGUCCUGGAUGGAAGCAACAGUACGAGGCAACCUGUUCCAUUCCAACGCGGUGCGAACAAAGAAGGAGUUAGAGAAGGCAUUAGUACAUGCAUGCGGAAUGCGUACUUUACGAAAAUGGUCAAUGCGGUGCGAAGUGUAAGUGGCAGAUGAAAUGUAUGAGGAGAGAAUGGGAUCGUUAUGAUAGAAUACCUUAUGGAAAAGUGACAAACGAGCAUUCUUGCGACGAGACGCUAACAAGGGUAGACCCAGAAACCUUUUCAUGGUACUGACACUUGAUGUACGAUGGUAGUUUGAGAGUAUAAAGCGGCUGGCUCGGUUUUGUAUCGAUUCUAACAUAUUGAUGAGGUUAUCUGUUCCAGGAUCCCAUACCGAUGAUGCGUACUCUAAUUUUGGUCGCACGAGAGACCUAUAUAGCUGUAGCUUAACCUUGGACGGGGCCAUGUAGAAUGAGCGUCUGAUGAAGCCAAGAGAACAGUUAGCUGAAUUACAAAUAUGCGUGAUAUGGGACUUCCAAGAGAGGUCAGAUGAGACAUGAACACGAGAUACUUAUAUUCAGUUACUUGAUCGAGAGGGACAUCGUUAAUUUUAUAUGAAAACGCGGGUGGCUGACUACGUGAGCGCGAGAUUCUUAAACAUUUACAUUUCUUAAUAUUCAUUUCCAUGCACCAAGCUGAGCACCAGUCAAGAACGGAGUCUAGAUCUGACUGCAGAAUAUGAAGGUCAGAGGGGUUAGUUAUGGCUCGAUAGAUUACACAGUCGUCGGCAUAAAGCCGAAUGGAAGACCUGACGCACCCAGGUAAAUCAUUAAUGUAUAUGAGAAAAAGUAGCGGGCCCAAGACGGAACCCUGGGGGACGCCGGAUGAUACAGGGAUUAGGGCAGAGGUGACAUUGUUUACUGUGACAAAUUGUGACCGCCCAAUAAGGAAAGACUGAAUCCAGGACAAUACAUUAGGGUCAAUAUUUAGUAAGGAUAAUUUUAAAAGCAACAGAUUAUGGGGGACCUUAUCGAAUGCUUUGCUGAAGUCAAGAAAUAUACAAUCAACAUCAGUUCCUCUGUCCGAAAGGAGAUGGAUGUCAUGAAUGAAAGAUACCAACUGAGUCUCACAAGAAAAAUGUUUACGAAAACCAUGUUGAUAAGGACAAAAGAAAGAGUUUGAUUCAAGGUGAUGGACUAGAUGACUGCAGAUGAUAUGUUCCAAUAUCUUGCACGGUAUACUCGUUAGUGAUAUGGGACGGUAGUUAGCAGCAGUGCAUUUGUUGCCUGAUUUAUAAGUAGGGAUGACCUUUCCGAUUUUCCACGCAUCCGGGAGCUCGCCCACCCCCAGCGACUGUUCAAAGAGUUUAGUAAGCAUGAAAUAACAAAAAAUACGGAAGCGUUGACUGUUUCUGUUACACAAAGCGCUUUAUUUUUCGGGGAUAGAUAUUCCCAAAUCACAAACUGUAGUUUCACAGUAGAACAACGGUAUAUUGGCUGCACAGGCACACACAUUCGCAGAUCCAGCAUGACAUCGAGCAUGUCUAUAUCCCUUUGCUGCUUGUGUAGGCGUUUGUUUGACCCGUCACAAAGGAACUUGUGCAGCUUGUAUGCCGAAAGAUGAUGCUCCAACCACUCAGAGUGGCUGAUCCAUUGUACUGCAUCCAUGCAGAUGCUCUUCUGAAGCAGAUAUGUAUUGAGUUGCUUAUACAUAAGCAAGAAAGAUAGGGACCAGAAACAUGAAAACCAAAAAUUCUGAAUGCCAAAAUGCUGCCUAUAUGCCGCAGGUGUGGUACUAUGCCAUGCUAAGCGGCAGAGUGGAAUGCCAAUUAACUUGCGAGUAUAGGUAGCGGAAAAAAAGCAGUAUUGGUCCUUCUUGAACCGUUGUCGCAUCAAGCAAGCGAAGCAGACCUUCCUUCCACUUAUCUAUUACUGAAUUGACUCGUAGAAUUUUCCAGAAGGCACCGAGUUUUUCGGAGUUGGUAUCGACAACAUGUCAGGGGAAGGACACUAAAAACCAUCCAAAGCCUUACCGGCAUAGAUGCUUUGCUUGCGUCCUAGCUGCAAACACCACAUUUGGAAACUUCAAGACAAGUUGCUCCGGCUCCGGCGACACAGCGUCACAGGCUUGAGAGUGCCGAGAAAAGUUCAUAAUUUCAAACCGACCAAUGAGCGCUCGCAUACCGGGGGAGCGGCCACAGGAGCCAAUGGGCUGGUGACAGUUGAGAAGUCGCGCUUCGACGUAAGCAUUCUGACGUUUCAUGACGUUUGAUGAUGCGGAAAUCCCGCAGCGCCUCACUUUAGUUCGCAACGGAACUCGCGAGUUUCGUGCCCUUGGUUGCGCUACAGCGUUUCCAAACUGGCGCACCGAGGGCCGAGGGCUUCUUCGCAUUUUGCAACACAUUGCAACACACUUAUGCAGUUGUAUUUUAUUUUGCGUGCUUCUAACGAUCUUUAACUUUGUAUAGACUAGGUUGCUCAUGGGGUCAGCGCAAAUAAAAAUUGAAUUUAAUCACGUUGAACCUCACGGUUGCAAGGCACACGGUUUGUAGUCGCUCUGUCAUGACAGCAGCAGAAAAAAACUACUUUUUCUACUUUUUUCUACUUUUUACUAAUUUUUCGCAGAGCACAGAGGCAACGCUCUGUUAUAUCUUCUGUAAAAACGGUUGCAUAAAUUUGUGAUGCAAGUCUAAAUGUGGCCAACAUGUGAGCCCCUUUUAGACGUCUAACGGUAGACGGCUACUGCGAAAUAUCUCGGCCAUGUCUCGUUGACCACCCCUUCUUAGACGACUAAAUAAUGUAUAGCGGUAUGGACGGCUUCGAAACGUCUAAAUUUAUCGGUAUCCCUAAAGUCUCAAGUUAGCGCAUUUUUAGACGCAUACUAGCUCACCACGCGUUACCUGAGUACGCAUAAAUUACUACGUAACCAGGUUUUUAUGCCACACAUCAACAUCGUUUACUAAACUGCAUCUUUUCUCAGCCCCAACCUGCAGAACAAACUAUAUUGAUAUUCUCUCUAUUUACUUCUCAUCGAAACUAUGGAGUUCUCUACCCGAAAAUACAAGAAACACAGCUGCAUUUUCUUCCUUCCAACUGGUAUGUCGUCAACCGGUUGAGCAACAGUCGUAAUGCCCGUUCAACUCAAGUAGAAUUAGCGGCAGCUAAAGUCUGCAACAAUGCCGAUGUGCUGUGUGGCUUCAACAUUUGGAAUCAACCACCGAAGCUGUCUCUCCGACACCCUUUUCUUCUCUGCGGUUAUCACGGUAGUCAAGGCAAGUGUCUCUGCAUUUCCUGGCGUGUCGCAACUGCCUGAGGUUCAAGCGCUCCUGGCAUUGGAGGCAUUAUCUUUACGUGCGCUUGAUGGAAUUGUAUAGAAAGGCCAUCGCGAUGUAGUGGAAUCCUCGCAGCCCACGUAACAAGUUCUUUCUCAUAGCUAUAUGCGAACAUUGCAUGGAUGCUGCACAUCGUGUUAAUGGUUAUACAAUCUAGCGAUCUCACCAAUGCUCUGAGAGCAGAACAGCGUUAUACUUUCGUAAUGACCUCGUUGCUGCACUCGUCCCUUUGGGAAGGGAUGGGAGGGGGGUACUUUUGGUAUACGCAAUUCCAUUUUUCAGCGCGGCUACUGCUUUCUCUUCCUUGUAUUUAGGACACUUUUAGUUCUCAUAGCCUAGCAGCUGAUGUCUUCAUCGUUACCAUAUGCGCUAUGUUGUGUCGUAGACUUUACUUUACCUCGAACGACCAUUCACUCACGAAGUUUUCCCACAUCUAAAUCACCCACUAAGACUGACUAAUUUUUCAGUGAGGAUGACGUCCAUUCCAGCAGAAGAAUCAGAGAGGGGGGAGCUUCACGAAUUCCUUCGAGGAGCCCACCUUCUCUGCUACUAUGACAAAUUCAAAGAGAUAGUCGCAGACAGCGUGCAGCGGCUUUAUGACUUAACGGAAGAAGGCCUGAAAGAAGUCAUCGACGGAGUCGGCAUGGCCGGGAAGCCCCUUCACGUGAAAAGAUUCAAGGAUGCGCUCAAACGGCGGCUAAGCAGUGCAGCAAUAGCGACAUCCGUUCCUGCAAACGAAACAGAGCGUGAACUCCACGAGUUUCUUCGACGAGCGAAUCUACUCUCCUACUACAACAAGUUUAUCGAGAUUGGCGGAGACAGUGUGCAGCAGUUGUUCGACUCAACGGAAGAAGAGUUCCAGGAGUUCAUGGAUCUUGUUGCCAUGGCCGGAGAUCAAGUUCAGGAGAUGAGAUUGAAGAAAGCCCUGGAACUGUGGACAGGACGCGAUGUCUCAAAGAUGUCCAUUACGGCAAAGGAGACAGAAGGGGAACUUCACCAACUACUUCGACAAGCGGAUUUGCUUUCCUACCACGAGAAGUUCAUCGAGAUAGGCAGGGAGAAAGUGCAGGAGCUUCACGACCACCGAGAAUUCCAGGAGGCCACAGACCGGGUAGGCAUGACCAGAAAGCCGCUUCACGUGAAGAGGUUCAAGAAUGCACUGGAACGAUGGAAAAAUGAUGCAGGCGCAACGCCGUAUGCUCCGCUAAACGAAUCACAACGUGAGCUUCACGACCUCCUUGAACGGGCGAAGCUUCUCUCCUACUACGGCAGGUUCAUCGAAAUAGGCGGGGACAAUGUGUACCAGCUUUACUACUCCACGAAAGAAGACUCUCAAGAUGUUGUCCGCCAGGUAGGGAUGGCCAGGAAGCGCUUUCACGUGAACCGAUUCAAGAGAGCACUGGAACAGUGGGUACAGCAUGCAGGUACAUGCGAUUCUGGCACACCCGCGCAGAAGUCAGCGCAAGACGACCACUCAAUAGCGGUGGAGAAAUCUCCUGAGACUGAGAAUAUCAGGACUGAGAUGCAUCGUUCCAUUGACAGGAGAGAUGUGGACCGAGUGACAGAGUGUCUGCAAGCAGAACCGCGACUGAAGAUGUGGCUUCAUCCAGAGACAAAAGAGUCAGCUAUGCAUCGAGCAGUGGAGAAUAACGCGUUUCAGAUCUAUGCGUUGCUGCUGUCGCAGAAGUGCAAAUUCAAGAGCACUGCCGAAAGCGAUUGUCUUUGCUGUUUGAAUCCGCUCCAUAUAUCCGAACUCGAGCGACAAGAAAAUUUCGCAAUCGAACCCACAGGAUCUCAUAUCAAGUACCUCAAGAGCAAGUCGAAGAGCAUAGCCGAUUGUGACGGAUUUGACGAUAUUCUGGACAACUUGUAUCGUGCCCUCGACAGCAUUGAUUUACUCAAGCCUGUUUUGAAAGUAGCUUCAAGGGCCCCUUAUUUGAGUAUUCGCUUCGACUUUGAGCAAAAGCAUGUCCAGUGCAUGGCAGGCGGCUUAAAAGAUGUCCUUGGCUUAACUCGUCAAGAAAAACAAAUCGUCUAUAUCGGAGCCAAUGAACUUGAACCAUCAGGCGCCUCGAAAGAUCGCGCGAAGGAAGUCGCAGGGACACUAAUCCACGAACUGUGUCAUUUGGCUGUUUUUCUUGUAUACGGAAAUGAAGGAAAGCCGUACCGGAGCACGGAUACAGUGAGCAGAGAGCGCUACGCAGACAUCGUCAACGAUGUCAGAGGAAGAAAGGGCGACUUACAUAAAAUCUUACAAUUGGCACUUCAUGAGAAUGUCGAAGAAGAAUUAAUAGUUCGAAUACCCCAUAUUCUUGCUCUUCUUCCUGCUGAAGCCAACACUGUUCUGGAGCAGCAAGUCCAGAAGCUCUACGAAUUCUACAAGGACAAGGUCGUCGAAGAUAUGAAGCAGUGCAUACGAAACGGCUGUCCCAUAAAGGACAUUGAGAUCAUCAAGGAAGAAAAUGGAAGAUUAGGGAAGGCAUCCUCGACGGAGCAACUUGGAAUAGAAUUUGAGGCGGGCCUUGAUGAGUCUAUUCUACAACGCGAGCCGCUCCUUAUCCUUAUAGCAUCAAAUAUAACUUUGCUCGAGGUAAUGGUGAACGACCUCCUGAGAUGUGCAACAGUUUCGUACCUAUUUCUCGAGGCAUCGCGUUUGGGGGAGAGAACGAAGGACGUACUACGCCUGAAUAAGUGCGAAGUUUUGCUUGUACCGUGUGACAGCAAAGGUGACCUCAGGAGGAUUCUCCAAUUCUGGGAAGAGCUGCAUGACGUCACUGGCACGAAAAUAAUUCUGCUGACGUCAGAGGGCAACCUGGAGCACUGUUUCCAAGAAGUUGAAAAGACCUCAUCACAUGACAGCAAACUUUACAUUGACGUUAUACACAGCGCCACUUUUGAGAACGUCACUUCCAAGUGCAAGAGUGAUGUUAUUCGGAAUUCACAGAUAGCUCUUCAGUCUUCGAACGCACAGACAUACAUUCAUCGCAUUCUGGAUAUCGAUAGCUUCCUGAAAAUUUGUCAGGAGGACACGUUUCUGACACUCUGCAGGGAAAAAGUCUUAUUUUUAGGGCCGCGACUACAAGAACUUCCCAAAAAUAUAAGUGAGUGCUACAUUGAGCAAAAGUGUGGAAAGUCUGUUGAAGUUGACUUGCACAAGAUCACAGGUCGUUGUCAGGACGACGCUUUCGCUGUCUUCGGCUGUUCCAAGGAAAAUCUCCACUCAUUUCUACCUGCGGGUCUUACUGUGAAACGAAUGAGCGACUUGGACAAGUUCCAACAAAUUGUAAUUCUGGAGAGUGACCGUGAAUACGAUCUCCUUGUUGAGCAUGAACACUACACGGGGAGGACAAUCCACCUCCUAGAAUUUCAGGAACAACGGUUUAUAUGGAAAAAAUCAAACGGUGCUGUAAGCCACCUUCCCAUGACCGGGGAAGAAAUUUACUCCGCGAAUUCCCUGCUUAAAACAAAUGAAAAAGUCAUCCUUGUGUCUGGAGACCCAGGAAUGGGGAAAACCGUCCUGGCAACGCAACUUUGCAGAGAAAUCAAGAAAGCGGACAAGAAAGCAUGGGUACUUUACGUCAGUAAUUACCCGAACACGCAAGAAGCGAUUGAAAUGUUUAAUAAAGGAACUGGUGGCAUCAACUUCAAGCAAUUCGCGAAGUUAUGUUGCGUGAAGACAAGCGGAGAAGAGUUUCAACUGUUCCAACAAAGUGUCACUAAAGGAAGUCCGUUUAACGUCUGGGUCAUUUUCGACGCCCUUGACGAAAUUCAUGAGGCAAGUAGGAAAACGAUUAUUGAUUUCACGAAGCUUUUGGCGCAAGCAAGACUAUUUAAGGUAUUGCUUUUCACACGCACUAUCUGUAGAAAUCCUACUGAAGACGAAAUGCACUCGGUAGCUUUCCGUAUGAUUCCGUUCUCCGGCGAAGAUCAAGCUCAGUUUCAGAACAAAUAUGAGAAAUACGCUCGUCAAAUACAACCAUCUGUGCCGAACAUAAUGAUCGAUGACAAGACUUCCCAAGGGAUCCUUUAUCACGUUAGGGCAAAAGCUGACUACCUUUUAGGAAAUCCUCUCAUUCUCAAGAUGGUGACUGAGGUGGAGCAAGGAAUAGCUUCUGACUCCGAUUACUGCGAAUUGGUGCAGCGUACGUGCAGCUGCCGUGAUUGCUAUACCCCUCUGUUGGUGUACAGAUUGUUCAUCGAGUACACAUACCUGCGGUAUCGCAAAGAAAAAAAGUGUGAAGAUAUAACAAAAGACGCAAACAAAGUUGAUGACGAGAGGUUGAAGAAGAUAUUUUACCACGAUCACGAGCUCCUAGCACUGAAGGCUGUUCUUUCCAAGGACGAUCUCACGAGACUUCUAAGUGAAAGUGAAAGCAGUCUCCUGGAAGACAGAGGGCGACUAACGAUGGAGGUCAAAGAGAACAAGCAAAAACACGGCCUAAUACAGGAGCUGAGGAAUGGUCUCCCACGUUUUGUGCACCACAUCUUCGCCGAGUUUUUCGCAGCAUAUUCGAUCUUCAAGAGGGUAAAACAGGCGAAUGAUAAAGGGGACGAAGACGUGGAACUCAUCGUUUCCGGCAUGUACGGUGAUUCUACCCAUGACGGCAUGUUGACCUUCUUGGAUGGAUUCGCAGCGGAGGGACACGCAGUGCAUUGCAGUAUUAUGAAUAACGACAUUGAAAAUCUUAAAGCAUCUGCACCAAAUUGGUCCCAUCUAGACGAUAUCGAGAGAACACCUCUCCAUGUCGCUGCGCUGCAUGCUAAUCAAGAUAUCUUAAAGCUUCUUGCUUUUAACGAAGUGCUAACACAGAGAGAUAUGCUGGGGAUGACACCUCUCAGGUAUGCUGACCAGAUGCGUUCAUGGGAAACACUAGACAUCUUCUGUGCUCGUAUUGGUACUUCUGCUACGAACUGGUCUGAUGAAAUUCCAACAGCGGCCAGCAACAUUACGACUGAAACCGAGCUUUCGAGAUCAGUUUUAAUGAUCGUAAUCGGCAAGCGUCUUAAGGGGCUUUUAUCUGUGCUGCUUAAAAUGUUUUGCAAAAAUAAGAUGUGCCCUACCGAGACUUGCCCCAAGAGAGAGAUUCAACAUUCCACAAAAAACGUGCGCCCUUCAGCAGCCACCGUACAUAUCCCGAUGGAUAUUGAUCGCAUUAGGGAUAAGGAGCAGCGUACCCCCUUGCAUGUCGCUGUCAGGGUUGGCGAACUUGAUAUUGUCGAGGUACUUCUGCCGUAUUCCUCACUAAACGUACGCGACAUUUAUGGCAUGACUGUGUUUCAGAGUUGCGCUUAUGUCGGUCAUACAAACGUCCUGAGGCAUCUACUUCCUCUAGCGUCAGCCCAUGAUUGGUACGUAUCUGACAACACGGUUUCAGAACAAAAGUGGGCAGCUUUAUACGUAGGGAAUCCUGAUGCUGCAGAACUUCUAAUCCCUCAUUUCUUGACCCGAACAUCUAUUAAAGAGGGCCUGUUGUAUGAGAAUGUUGUUUCAGGGAACGAUGGAGUGACGAAGGCUAUUCUUCCUCACACUGAUGCAAGUGGUCGUUAUAUGCCCUACGGCAGACCGACUUUCCAAGCAUGCGUUGGCUGUGCUGACAUAGAUGUCGUGAGACUAAUGCUUCCUUACACUGACUUGGAUGGAAGUGACGAACGUGGUACAACUACGCUUCGCAUAACUGCUGACGACAUAGUUUCAUGGGACAGACAUCGAACGUGUGAUGUUGACAUCGCGAAACUGCUAAUUCUUUAUUGUGACAUCGACUUUCUUGACAUGGACGGCAAGACGGCUCUGAGGAUGUGUAUAAAGUGUAAAGACAACUUUCCCGUUUUUAAGCAAGUGCUUCUUUACAUGUUAGUCACGUGUCGUUCUAUAAGUCAAGUAAUGUCAGUCCAUUAUGUUGCAAAAGCAGGAGAGGAGGAUAUCUUAAACUCUCUUAUCCCUUACACUCGGAUUAACGCUCACGAUGAGAAUGAAAGUACGCCACUCGCUCAUUGCUGCUCUCAUGGAUACUUGAGAGCGGCGAAGCUGCUGCUUCCCCUUACAGCAGCCGAUUUCGGCUCAUUGAUGAUGGCCAGGUCAUUAAUUUUAGGGAUGUCGGCAUGGGAAUAUGGCAUUGUUGAGUUGCUGCUCCCGCAUUCCUUGAAACGUAGCGUUUAUGGUACGUUGGCUUUUUACAUCGCAUCAUGGUAUAAAAUUCUGACGGAAUUUAGUCAGACCCACGGUCAAGCCAGCCUUUAUAAAGCAGUGACGGCUAAGAGCGUUACAGAGAUCGAGAAUGUGUGGGAUUUCUUGACGGACUCUCCUGAUGUGUGGGUUCGGAGAAAGAUGGCUGCUACGGUGAAGCAAGCAAUCACGGCUGCGACGAAAAUGUUUCUGCCCCAUGUUGAUGUAAACGUUCGUACAACCGAGAAAAUGACGAUGUGGCUUGAAAGUGUAUGUCAAGGUCACUGGCCACUGGUGCAGAUCUUUCUGCCUUACACAGAAACGCGUGAUAGCGACAUCAGUCAGAACACGCCGUUAGUGUUGAGUGCUAUGGAAAUGUCAAGUGCCAUUAGAGAAUCAUCGGAGGCAGAAGAUAAACGAAAUGUGAAAAUGAACAAUGAAGGGAUCCAAAUAUUAAAGCUGCUGAUCCUGCACUCUGAUUUCGGUGGAUGGGACGCAGAUCGGGCUCUGCCACAAGGAGGGAGCGUCGUCAAUCUUCACUUAAUGAAGUCUCUCUGCUCGCAUUCAUCUGUGAAUAAGCUCGUAUUUCCUCAUUCGCCACCCGCUUCUCGUAGUAUAAGCGUAGCAGAGUUCAUCGAGUGCCUUGCAAGCAUUGAAGAGCAGGGUGUUCUAGACUAUGUGAUCACUUGCACUCGUAUUAAUGCUCGGGAUGAAAAUGGAUACACGCCGCUCGAUCACUGCUGCUCUCAUGGAUACUCGAGAGUGGCGAAGCUGCUGCUUCCCCUUACAGUAGUUCAUGUUGUCUCACCCCCUGUGGUCCUGCCAUGGAUCUCAUGUAAACUUGCAGGGGCAUAUGACAUUGUUAAGUUGCUCCUCCCGCACUCCUUGAAACGUAGCCUUUGCAGUACGUUGGCUAAAGGCAUCGGAGCACUGUAUGAAAGUUUGAUGAAAUUGCGGCAUCUUCUUGCUCAAGCCAGCCUUAGGGAGUGUGUGAGUGACGAAGAUAUCGCGGUAUUGUGGAAUAUGCUUCUGCUACAUAUUCAUGUAACCAUACAGACAUGGGCCGCUGCUGUGACGAAAUUGUUUCUGCCCCAUGUUGACCUGAACUUUCGUACAACAAUGGAAUCGACGCUGUGGCUUCAAAGUGUGUACCGAGGUCACUGGGCAACGGUGCGGCUCUUUCUGCCUUACGCAGAAACACGUGAUAGCGACAUCAGUCAGAACAAGUCGUUACUGCUGAGUGCUUCCAAGGUGUCAAGUGCCACCUCAGAGUCAUCGCAGGCAGAAAAUAAACGGAAUGUCGAAAUGAACUUCGAAGAUAAGAAAGUAUUAAAGCUGCUUAUCCUCCACUCGAACUCCGGCACACUGCGUGCAGAUCGGGUUCUGCCACACGACGGGAGCGCCAUCAACAUUGAGGCGAUGAAGAUGUUACGCCCGCAUAUAUCGAUGUCUCGAUUUGCUCCCUGGAGGAAAAGACUGCCAUGCAUAACCCUAUAAUGCUGGGAACUUUGACCAUUUGAAAACCGUGCAGCGCCAUUCAUUGGUCAAUGCUGUUUACGCGCGCCUUGUCUGUCUUUGUCGUACCGGUGGUGGUAGCGUCAUAAAACGUGGCGAUCUGCCGCACCAGGCUGGCAAAUGAUCGUCUUCCUCUAUUGGAGCUCACAUCUGCUCGUGAAACUAAAUAAGCUUUAUAGUACUGUGGUGCCAUUCUUGGGUGCUACCGUUUCUUGUGGUAUCAUCUUUACUUCUCCGAUGUCCUGCACCAUUUUCCUGCUUAUUAAUGUGACAUCUUGCAGCGGAUGUUAAUGUGUCCAACGCGAUCUCUGUUGUGUUGCUUGCAAAUUAUUUAGCAACAACCUGAAUAAACCACGCUCUUGGUCCUAACAACGUUUAAUUACUGAUGGCAUAACCCUUGCUGGUGAAACAGCGCCUGAAUGGAGCCAGAUUCACGAGAUCAUAGCGUUUAACCAUCUCGCAGUGUGAUAUCAGCAGUACGAAUAUAGAAUUCAUAAUAUUAUAAUAACAUCAUAAUAAUGAUCUGUAACUAUAUCACGAUGAUAUUUGGGUUGUAUGUAUCGAGACCGUAAGUCUAUCAUGUGCAUUUUUCGGCAAUAAACAUUGUUAGCCAUG